AUGUCCAGGGCAUUGGGCAGGAAGCCGUGGCGGGCAAACAGGUUGCGGGGCCCCUGGCUGCCGGGCGAGGUGACCACUGCCGGGGCGGCCGGGCGGCCACAGGCGCCCUGGCGUGCGGCUGCGUCGGAUUUCGGGGCAGACGCUGGGGAUAUGGCCUGGGGCGAAGACUUGGCUCCGGGCCUGGCAGUGGCCGCCUGGCUCUCGUCCUUGUGA